AUGGUCGGAUCUGUCCGACGAUUGCAGGACUUUUUGACUGGGAAAUGGCUGGAUCUUCUGGCUGAAGGACUGCCGGAGAAGUCCACCGUCGUAUCAGAACCCCACAAGUUACAACGAGAGCAUUUUGUAAGUGCCAACUUGAGGGAGGAAAAACUCCAGGAUAUGUUGUUCUGGAGUAACAUAUAUGGUGGUCUGCCAGAGAACUGA